GCGACGUCCUGACGUCAUGGAAGCAGUUGACGUCGCUCUAUAGCAACGCCUCAUCACAUCAAGAAACAGACAUCUUCAACUGCUAUUUUAAUAUUUCAUUAUGGAAUAACAAUGGCAAAAGAAAGUUCUGGGUGUUUCGCGUGGGUUAUAAGCCUUAAACGAUCAUGCAACGAGCGGUGGGCAAGGUUCAGAAACCGCUUCCGGCAAAGGUUCUAUGCCAGAAGAGGCCAAACUGUAGAUCCAACCACCGUUUUGAAUGAAACGGGAACCAGUGACAUGGUCAUCAGUAAAACGCCCUACAAGUCAAACAAAAUAGUGCCACUAAACCAGGCUGUUAUGGCAGUUCAAAAAGACGACCUGGGUGUUACUGAUGAACAUGCACCAACUGCAGACGCUGACAACGACUUUGACAAACUAGUUGGCGAGUUCGUGUCCUGCAUUAUAAACAGUGCUGCAGACGCGCUGAAGCAGACGUCGCUUAGCAACACAGUCGUCGUCAUAGAAAAUGUCGCAGACGACAAUGUGUCAUUGUCUUCAAGCAUUAUAAGCCAAAUGGCUGACACAGCAGUGACAGAGAGUUUGACGAAUAUACUAACAGAAGCCGACAUCAACCACUCAGCCUCUCAUUAUGCCAGGUCUAAACCUAGAGAUGCCUUUGAAGUUGUUUGUGGAGAUGUUGUUGAUGAUGGCCUGUAUUAAGCUGUUUAUUAUUGACCAGGUGGAAGGCCAAUUGCAAUUGCUUUGUGAUUUAUCUGUGAUUUUUUGUUUUUAAAUUGUAUCAAUUUUUUAAAUUGUUUUGGAGGUUCUGAAUGUUAUUUCAUGAAAUAAAGUUCAUAGAUACCUCUGAAAAAGCGUUUGUU